AUGGCCACCAAACUCCCAUACCACAAAGCCUUCGGCUUUGUAGUCGCCACACGGAUAGCAUCGAUAUUCUCAGUCGUAGGGUCCAGUAUCAUUGUCGCCACAUUCAUCGCCUUUCCCUUUUUCCGAAAACCAAUCAACCGCCUAGUCUUCUACGCCACGCUAGGCAAUAUUCUCACAAAUGUCGCAACACUAAUGUCGAACUCGGUGUUACCAGCGCCGGGUGAACCUGCAUCUGGCCUGUGUGAAUUUCAAGGUCUUCUCAUCCAAUGGUUCAUGGUCGCCGAUUCCUUCUGGGUUCUUUGCAUGGCCUUAAACGUCUUCCUCGUCUUCUUUUACGGCUAUGGCGCGCAGCAGCUACGCCAUUUGGAAAAAUGGUAUUUUGCUUUUAACUACGGUAUCCCGUGUAUACCAGUCAUAGCUUAUGUUGUGCUUAGCCGAACUGGUCAUCCCGUUAUAGGUUCUGCGAUGCUAUGGUGCUGGGUAUCUGUUGAUGUUGAGUGGAUGCGCAUAGCAUUCUUCUAUGUUCCUGCGUGGGUCACCAUUUUGGCGGCUAUUACCAUUUACAGUGUGACGGGGUACCGAAUUUGGCAGAAGCAAGUCGAAUUGCGGUAUUUUUCUCGGGACUCGAAUCAAUUCGUAACAGUGCGGGAUCCGAGCGACGAAAGAGAAAGCGCCGGAGAUGUUUUGUCGGGAAGGAAUAACAUUGUUGUAACGACGCGGAUUGAGUGCGAUACCCAGCAGCAAAGUGAUGUGUUCAGGAGUGUCUCUCCGGAUCCAGAUUGCAUUUCGAUCAACUCCUUCUCGAGCACGCAGAGACUUUCCAGUAUUCGUAGACCCGAUGUGCUGCUUUCAGGCCCGCUCCACGAUACUUCUCCGAUCCGGAUUUCUAGAUUGUUAGAGGACGUGGAAGCGCAACUCAACUUCCACCACACCCCACCAUCACGAAGCAGUUACAGAGCAACAAUAAUCGCCACAAGCCCACCUCCAGAACCCAAGACUGUACCACCAACAGCGAUAUCGAAACCCCGCCCUCCAGCUAAAAGAACACCAGAGGGCCAUGCUGCAGCAAUGGCAUACUUCUACGUUGCCUUCCUCAUGUUCUUAGCGUUAUUCGUUGUCUGGCUGCCCAGCAGUAUAAACCGCAUGUACCAAUUCACGCACAAAGACCGGCCCAGUUUUGCUCUGAAUAUUCUUUCCGCGACGGUCCUGCCGCUUCAAGGUGCCUGGAACGCAAUCAUCUAUAUCUUCACUACAAGAGCAGAGUGCAGGCGUGCGUGGAGCAUGAUAGUUGAAAAGAUCACGGGCAGGUAUGCGCAAUAUCAACCAUGGAGAGAGGUGAGUGUCAAAGAGAUGAUGACGAGUUCGCAGGCGACACGGGAGUCGGCUGUGGAUGUUGAGUUGAGCGAUAUCCUUGGGCACAAUAGACAGGCACGCCAGAUCAAAUCGCCGAAAAACGAUCACAUGAAAGAUGAUGAUCGAUGUAGCAAACAGAUAUCGAGAUGA